AUGUCAGAUGAAGCCAGCUCGGAGCAGAAGCCUUCUACAACAACAGUGAGCUCAGUUGCUGUGCAGGCUGGGGAUGCCAGCAUUGUUAUAGCUGUGCUGAAGUGUGGAAAAUGGGUGAAGCUUCAGCUAGCUGAAUCAACACCAAAUAUAUUAGAAAUUGGCAGCAAUCAAGAUGAGACUAAAAAACUACUUCAAGAUCAUGAAUUCCUCCUAUCCAAGCUGAAGGCUUUGGAAGACAAGGUAUGGGACCUGCUGCAGGAAGCAGACAAGGUUGCAGAGGAGAACAAAGAAAAGAGUCAGGUUUAUGAUGCCAUGGCAGAGACCCUUGGGGAUGCAUGGGAUGCCCUCAUCAUUCUGUUAGAGAAGCGACAGGCACUUCUGGAACUUACUUCAGUGUUCUUUGAAAACGCUCUGGAGUUUGCUGUUAAAAUUGACCAAGUUGAAGAUUUCCUAAAAACUGCUCAAGAGUUCGACAAUAUUGACUCUUUGAGAGAACUUCUUCUGCAACAAGAACAUCAUACAAAAGAACUUUUGGAGAAGUCAUUUGCUCUUUUAAACAAAAGCCAUGACCUAACUCAAUUCAUAGAAGAAUUCAAAUGUGAGGGGCCAAAUGCAAAUCCAGAACUGAUUCAAGGAGCCCACAGCAGCUGCUUGAAGAUUGACAAUCUCCUUGAGAUGCUGCAGGACAGGAGACGCCAGCUGGACAAAUUCCUCAGACAUCAGCGCCAAGGACUGGAGCAGGUUCUGCAAAUUUGUUUGUGGCACCAACAGGAGACCCAGGUAACAUCUUGGUAUAAGAAAAACAUUAGAGAUUACUUUCAGAAGCAAAACUUAGGCUCAUCACUAUUGGAAAAUGAAGAGUUACUUCAGGAACUUGAAGAAAUGGAAGUCAAAGUGAAAGAAUGGAAUUACACUGUGGAACAAUUGGAAGGUGAAGCAUUUAGGAUCUUGCUUUCAGAGGACUGUACAGAAAAAGAACACCUAAAACUUGCAAAUCAGAAAAUCUGUCUGUUGCAAGAAGAAGUGUGCUUCCACAUGGAAGAAAGGAAAGCCCUGCUGCAAGAGGCCAAUGACUUCUUUCAUGCUGCUGGCAAGGUACUUGAUGGUCUUGAAAGUAUUGAGAAUUACCAUAAAAUCUCUAUUUCUGAAGGCUUACAUUUACCUGUAUUGACACUGAAGUACAAGGAAUUGCAGGAAGCAAUUAAAGGUUGUACAGCAACUACCAUGCAGAAGGGGCAAACUUUAGUUAAUAAAGCAGAUUCUCACAGCUCUUGGGUGGCAGGAAUUCAGAAAAUGAUGGAAUAUAUUCAAAAAAAAGUAGAUCAAUUAAACAGCCAGUGUCCAGAUUAUGAAGAAUUUACUUUGAAGAAACAACAAUGGACUGCUUCGCUUGAAGAUCAUCUGAGUAAGGUGUCGCAAUCAAUUAAAAAACUUGCCCCGAUGCUCGCAGUUGGGAUGGAGAUUGGUUCGUAUUUGUGUGAGUCAGAAAGAGUUUUGAACAAGCACCUUGAACUGGCUAAACAAACAAAGGAAACUUCAUGUGAACUGAGAGCAGCUGAGGGAAUCAUCAAAAAUAUGGAAGAGUUGGAACCUGAGCAGGUGGCGGCUUUUUCUAGCAGAGCUGCCUUUCUGAAUAGAGAGCUGAAAAAAAUGGAAAAAAAUAUUAGUUCAAAGCUAGAAAUUCUGGAAACUUAUGUGGCCUUUUUACAAUCAGCUGUAGAGGUGAAUGAUGAUAUUAAAAAUCUGAAGGAAUUCUAUAAUUCAAAACCCCUAUCAACAAACAGAGGGACUGAAAGUAAAAUUGCAAUAGAGUCAGCUAAUACUCAGUGGCAACAGACCAUAAAGAAGACUUUUUCCACCCAAAAUUUGGGUUGCUAUUUUCUUAAUCUAGUAAAUGUGGUAAAUGAGAGUUUAAUAUUAGAAGUAGAAAAAUCGAUAAAAGUAACAGAAGAUAUCAUUAUUAAUCUGAAUAAAGAAAGGAAAGAGCUGACUGAUCUUUGGGCAAUCUGGAAUUUUAAAAUUACUCAAGUAAAACCCAUCAAGCAACAGUGCCAGAUAUUUAAAGAACAACUAAAAAUCACUACCCAUGGAUUAGAGAUUCUUCAAGAGGCCCUCCAGCUUGCAGUACCAGUUGACCUUGGAAGUGACCUUUUAAUUGUUUUGGAACUCCAGAAAAAGCUGAACCAAAUGAAACCACACUAUGAGCAACUGAAUGCUGAGCUUGAGUACCUAACAAAAUUACUGGAAUUACCAAGCCAGAAAGGAUUUCCUGUGAAAGAGAAUACUGAGAGAAUAAGUGAGCUUAUUCAUUUCCAUCAAACAGUAAAGGAUGCAAUGAUAGAAUAUGAUGAGAUUUUCAGCAAGACAGUCAAAUUCCAUCACAUUAAAAAAGAACUGGAAUGUCUAUCAAAAUUAGGAGAACUGGAUAUUCCUGAAAUAUAUGGGGACCCUGAAAAUGUGCACCAGGCCAAAGCCUACCUUGUGAACUCUCAGGAGAAACAUGCACAUAUUAGACAGCUAUAUACUCUACUUAUUACCCAGGGAGUAGAUAUCUUGUCUGCAGUGCAGCAACCUAAUUGCUUGAAUGUUUCUGUAAAGAAUCUGAAGCAAGAACUUGCUAGAUUUGAAUGUGAUAGCAUAAACUGGAGCUCCAGAGCUGAUAAGUAUGAGGAAGAGCUGUCACAGUAUUUCCAACACUGCACCACUCAAGAGGAUAUAAAUGAGCUCAGAGAAUCAUUUAGAGAUCUCAAAAAGAAAUUCAACAAUUUGAAGUUUAACUAUAUGAAGAAAACUGAAAAAGCUCGAAAUAUGAAAGUACUCAAAGUACAGAUUCAGCAAGUUGAUACAUAUGCAGAGAAGCUACAGAUUCUUAAAAAGAAGAUGGAUAAUUUAGAGAAGAAAGUAAUUGACCCUUUUGCAAAUGAACCUAAAGCUAAAGUUCAAGUUCUCUUGGGCUCUAUCAGUGACUUACAAAAACAGCUGAAUGAUUUUAACAUGGUUGUGGAAGAUUACAAGCAAAAUCUGGAUCUCAUGGAGCAUCUGCAGCAGAUGAUGAAAGAGUGUCAAUUUUGGUUUGAAGAUGUGAGCGCAACAGUGGUUAGAGUUGGCAACUACUCUGCAGAAUGCAGAACAAGAGAAGCAAUAGAGACUCUCUACAAGCAAUUCAAUAAGUUUAUUGAACCUGCAGUGCCUGAACAAGAAGAAAAAAUUCAGCAGAUUAUGGACCUUGCUAGACAGUUAUAUGGUAUUGAAGAAGGAAAGAAGUAUGUAGAAAAAACUGUAUUAAAGUAUGAAGAAAUCAUGAAUUCUGUUGAUGGGUUGUGCAGAUCUCUGAGAGAACUUAAGGAGAUAAAGAAAGUUGAUGUUUCUGAAGAGCUGAUUACUGUUAAAAUAGAAGAAAGACAUGGUCAAGAAACAUGUGAGAUUGUUAAAGAAGUGAAGCAAAACCAGCAGAUGGCACCAGCUGAAUUGCUUGCAAAUUCAGAAAGCAUUGGUGAGAAGAGAAGCAAUACUCCAUGUCCCGCACGCACUAAACAGCCUGAGGAGAGGAAGAUGUUGGCUGAUAUUUCAGUUAUCUCUCCAGCUGGUGAGGAUCUUGUUUCACAGGAUACAGAGCUGUCAUCUUCAGCCAAAGAGGAUAGUUUACAGACUGAAUUCCUGGCGGAAGAAACACCCUCUGGAGAUGAAUAUGAGUGUAUAUCACCUGAUGAUAUAUCUUUGCCACCGCUUUCUGAAACACCAGAAUCCAACCUCUUACAUUCUGAAACAGAGCUGGAAGAGCAGUUCUGUUGUAGUUCUCAUAGUCUGCAUGUCAGUUCCUAUAGCUUGCAAAUGCAGAAAACCACUAGAACAGUAAAACUGAUGGAAGCACCUGACCUCUUAACAAAUUCUGCUUUUGCUGAUGCUACAAAUAACAGAACGGAAAGCCCAUCAGAUCACUUUCAAAAGUUUUGUAUCUCUUUCACAGAUUCUGGUCCAAAAGUCAGAGCAGUAUCUCCUUUGACUUGUAGCUCACAAGGAAUAUCUGAAACUAGCACUGCUUCCGACCCUAUAAAAGCCAACCCAGUAGAUAGCAUGAUGAGUGAAACAUGCAAAACACAUUUACAACACCUUGAACUUCAUAAAAGCAUGACAGAAAUGCAAGAAAAAUUGCAUGCUUUGAAUAACUGUACUAAACCCCAGGGCAGGCUGCAUGCUUUGCCUGAUGCAUUCUCAGGUUUCGUGUUUCAACCAGAUGCCACCAGAAGCUGUCAGAGGCAGAUGGUUACCCAAGAAGAGAUUAAAAGUCCUUCAGAAAAGAACAGCAUGGCCAGCCUAACUGGACAGGCACCUAACUUCUCCCGGCUUCUGUCUAACAAAACCGUCAUGGAAGGUUCUCCAGUAACUUUGGAAGUAGAAGUAACGGGAUUCCCAGAGCCUACACUGACAUGGUACAAGAAGGGCCAGAAACUGUCUGCAGAUGAGCACUUAAAGCUUUUACAAAAGGAGACAAAGCAUACUUUGUUCAUUCAGAAGGUGUGUGAUAAAGAUGCUGGCCUCUAUGUUGCUCGGGCUAAAAAUUUGAACGGCACUAUCUCCUCAAGUGCCAUUCUUCACGUGCAAGGUAACAGGCCACUUAUUGCAAGAAUAGACUGGAUAAUGCUGUGUGUCAUCUAUAUUAGUGUAUCACUAAUGUACUGGCUAUUCACAAAAUAA